UACUACCUACUGCGUCAUCAAACUGCGGCGGCAGUAGGAAACGUGCGCCGCUUCGGUAGUGGACAGGAGGGAGAGUAUAUCAACAAAAGUUCAAUUUAACCCAACUUCGACGCGGAGUUAUCAUUUGAGAGGAUAUGGAUGACGAAGAGGAAACAUACAGGCUGUGGAAAAUCCGUAAAACAAUCAUGCAGCUGUGCCACGACAGAGGCUACCUGGUGACCCAGGACGAGUUGGAUCAGACUCUGGAUGAGUUCAAGAGCCAGUUUGGAGACAAGCCCAGCGAGGGCCGGCCUAGACGUACAGACCUCACCGUGCUGGUGGCACACAACGAUGACCCCACCGACCAGAUGUUUGUUUUCUUUCCUGAGGAGCCCAAGGUGGGAAUCAAGACGAUCAAGAUGUACUGUCAGAGGAUGCAGGAGGAGAACAUCACACGCGCCAUCAUCGUGGUUCAGAUGGGCAUGACACCUUCAGCCAAACAGUCUCUAGUUGACAUGGCCCCCAAAUACAUCCUGGAACAGUUUCUCCAGCAGGAGCUGCUCAUCAACAUCACAGAGCAUGAGCUUGUCCCAGAGCACAUUGUUAUGACAAAAGAGGAGGUGACUGAACUACUGGCAAGAUAUAAACUGAAGGAGAGCCAGCUGCCGAGGAUCCAGGCUGGAGACCCCGUGGCUCGAUACUUUGGCCUGAAAAGGGGACAGGUGGUUAAGAUCAUCAGGCCUAGUGAGACAGCUGGAAGGUACAUCACAUACAGACUGGUGCAGUGACAGAUAGGUACGCGUUAACCUGACCAAACACCUUGACCAAUAAAGAUGCUCCUCUGGAUCCAUGUUUCAGAGGUGCAGUAAAGAAAAAUGAAGGUGUAAACAUCUUUGAUCACCUGUCGAUGGAUCAUUCUUUUGCUGUUGUUUUUUUUAUUUUUUAAACUUUAGUUUCAUUUUUCUGUUUACUUAUGUAAUAAAUUUUGUACAAUAAAGUCCUUAAAAAUUAAAUCAAA